AAACAAACAAGCAAAAAAAACCUCAAGAAAGGGGAAGGGAUUGCACUUGGGAUCAGAUACAAGGACAGGGAAGCUCUCCCCCAGCACUCACCCUUCUUUCUGGCAAGCAGAGCCACAUUUGGGAAAAUUUUAGCUUGAGGGAAGGGAAGACAGCCCAGGACUGAUGGAACAGACACAUUAAACACCCAGAUGCACCUUCCCUACUGUUCUGUCUUGAAAGCCAUACUUCCAGUCCUGCCUGCCCCCUUUGCCUCUAGGAAUUCUGGCUCUGUAGUCUUGGUUGGGCCACUCCUCUCCUACCUAGCACAGCACCUGGAACACAGGAGGUGCUCAGUUAGUGCCCUUGGUCCAGGCCUCCUGCAGAUGUGUUAGGGCAGGGGAAGUGUGAUUUGUAGGAGGUUCUUCUGAAAUCAGGAACAAUUCUUUCUACUCCACUUUCAAUGCUCCGUGUUUGUAUAGUUAGUGUAGAUUCUGUCCCUUUAGAGUCCUGCUGCAAUCCUUCUCUCCCCUGCCUCCGCAUCCUUCCCUGUCUUUAGAGCUUGUAAUUUAGGGUUUAGAGGCAUGUCAGCAGUAUCAAGUAGAAGCAGUAGUGCCCCCUUUCCCUUGAGACUCAUGGCUUCUUGGCCCCAUCACUUAUGCAUUCAGCCCUGGUUCUCUAAGUAGGUCUUCUCCAUCUCUGUGAAAUCUUGCCUGUGUUUGAAGACAAAUGUUCCUGGAAGGAGGAGGUACCUUCCUUCGGUCACUGUUUCAGAAUCUUGGAUGUUUUGAAUGUCUAGAGCUGCAAGUUCUCUAGGCAGGGUCUCUAUCUUUUUCUUUACUUCAGACAGCACAGUGCUCAAUGCAUAGUCAGUUAGGGUGUGCUAGGGAUGCUGAGUGACUGUCUCAGGAAUCCCUCAUGGGGAAGCUUAAGCCAGUUCCCUUUUAGUUUUAUUUGUGGACUGGUGGGAAACAUGAGUGAGGGGACAGGGACAGAUGGUGAUGGUAGAGAAACCUGAGAGAGGGGCUAAUGGGCGCUUCUUUCUUUGUUUAAAGAACUUCCCAUAGCCUAGACCUCCCAGAAGCCACACCUCCCCAAUGGCAGUGCCUCCCAACAAGCCCCACCUUACCAGGGCCCUUCCUGCCCAUGACCCCACCUCCUGAGGGCCCUGCCUCCCAGGGGCCACAGGCUGAGCUCCACUCCAAGUCCUGACUCUGCUUGGCCAAGCUCCUUCUCCCUCCCUGGGUUUGACUUGCACUUUCUUCUCAGAUCGUUCUCCUCUAAGGCAGAAAAAGCCCAUAGGCGUAUGGAGCAACAGCACAUAUAAGAAAAAUAUGAAGCAGCAGCCUGAAGCCUGAGCGAUGGAACUCAGCAACCCCAACCCAACUCCACUUAACUCAGCCUCACCAAACCUGAUCUGAGACACUCAGCAACCUGAACUUGCUACAGCUCUCUGAUAUGGAAUCCUCUUCAAUUCCAGCUAGAAGGCUGUGUCAGCCACUUCACAGAUUCGGUCAAAAGCUGGUACGCAGACGAAUGCUAGAGAAAGAAGUGACUAAGACUGCCACUGACAGAAGCCUGAGCACUCUGGAUUUAGUGGCCCUGGGUGUGGGCCGCACAGUGGGUGUAGGUGUGUAUAUCCUGGUUGGUGAGGUGGCUGGUAAUCAAACAGGACCAUCCAUUGUGAUCUGCUUUUUGGUGGCUGGCCUAUCUUCAUGGUUGGCUGGACUGUGCUAUGCAGAGCUUAGUGUCCGGAUUCCCCUUUCUGGCUCUGCAUAUCUCUAUGCCUAUGUCACUGUAGGUGAAAUUUGGGCCUUCAUCACUGGCUGGAACCUCAUCUUCUCCUAUAUUGCUGAUACAGCCAAUAUGUUCUUGGCCUGGAUUUUAGCUUUUGACAUGUUUGGGUACCAGAUCUCUCAGGCCACUAGUGAAGACAUCUUAUUGCAUAUUCCCCAGGUCCUUGUAAAGAAUCUAGGCUUCUUUAUUGGGGUCCCUGUGAUUUUGCUCAUUCUAUGCCUGACUUUGAGGUUUAGGGAUUUGAUGCUGUUAACCAAAGUGGUCACAUUGGUGAGACUUUUGAUUCUCAGUUUUGUCAUCAUCUCUGGCUUCAUUAAGGGGGACCUGCACAACUGGAAGCUCACAGAAGAAGACUACAGAAAGGAUGAACUCAAUGGCACUUCUAGCUUGGGCCCUCUGGGCUCUGGAGGAUUUGUGCCUUUUGGCUUUCCUGGGAUUCUCCAUGGAUCAGCUACCUGUUUCUAUGCAUUUAUAGGUUUCAAUCACAUUGUUACCAGAGUUGAAAAAGCCCAGAACUACCAGCGUUCCAUCCCCAUGGGCAUUGUGAUGUCACUGCUCAUCUGUGUUUUGGUGUAUUUUGGUGUCUCUGCAGCCCUUACACUUAUGGUUCCUUACUAUAAGAUUCGACCUGGGAGCACCUUGCCUGAGGCUUUUCUCCAUAUUGGCUGGGCCCCUGCCUACUAUGCUGUAGCUUUGGUAUUCCCCUGUAGUCUUUCUCUCAGACCCUUGGGUUAUAUGUUCUCCGAAGCUCAGUUGAUAUAUGUGAUGGCAAAGGAUGGCCUCCUUUUCCCUGUCUGUGCCAAAAUCCAUAUUGCCGCCUGUAUGUUUGUCAUCACUGUGAUCUCUGGCAUUAUUGCAGCAAUGAUAGCAUUCUUCUUCAGACUUGAUGAUUUUCUGCACCUCGUGUCAGUUGGGACCCUGCUAGUUCACUCUGUGAUGGCUUUUUGUGUUCUCAUUGUCAGGUAUCAGCCUGAGAGGAAGAAGGGGGAAAAUGAAGUGCAGAUGCAGGAGAUUGGGGGAAAUCAAACACCGGGGCAGGAGGAGACUGCACCUGCAGCAGAGAAGCUUACUCUACAAAAACUCUUUUUUCCAGGCAGCCCCACCCCCACUCCACUCUCUGGCUGCAUUGUCUAUGUUUGCUCCUCACUGCUUGUUCUGCUGCUGACUCUCCUCUGCCUGGUGCUGGUCCACUGGCCAAGUCUGCUUUCUGGAGACCCAGUGCCGAUCACAGUGGUUGUGCUGCUCCUGGUGCUCAUCACUGGGAUAACUGGGGUCAUCUGGAGACAGCGACAGAGCUGCACUCCCCUGCCCUUUAAGGUCCCUGGUGUGCCUUUCCUUCCACUCCUGAGCAUCUUUGUGAAUGUUUUCCUUAUGAUGCAGAUGUCAGCUUCCACCUGGGCCACACUUGGUGUAUGGAUGUUGAUUGGGUUUGUUAUCUACUUCACGUGUGGAAUCCAGCACAACUGGCUGCAAAGCCCCACUGAAGUAAGGGACCAAACUCUAGACUCUGAACUCAGCAGUGCCAAUACAGUGCCAGUGUUUGAUUUGACAUCAUUACCCCGAAUGCUGUCUUGUUCUCUGCACAAUAACAGAGAGUACUCCUGAGCGCAUGUAAAGCUACGCCUCCCAUGACAUGUUGGUGGGAGAAUGCUAAUAGAGCUCUGUAUUCAUUGUGUAUGAAGGAUGUGUCUUUAAUCUCCCCCCGCCUUUUUUUCUGUCUCCUUUCAGUUGUGUCUGUAGCUGCUUGCUGGCUUUAAAAAGAAUUAUUAU